AUUAGGGAGGCCAUUGAGGAAAGUGAAGAUCAAAGAAAUAAAUAAUGGAUCGCAAGACGCGGCGGGCAAACUUUAAGAACCUUCAGCCUCGAUCAACGCGGAGCACAAAAACACCAACUAAUAUCCAAUCACUAUCCGACUUUUUUGAUGCCCCCGAGGAAGCUGGGGAGGAUCCACCACCGGCAAUUCCUGUGGACCUCGAUCCCCCAGCAACCAAAAUCAAACCUAUACGAACCAGCAAUGUGUUCGAAAAACCUGGUCCCAAGCCAAAAAAGGCACCAAAACUCAAGAAAAUCAGUGGCUCUGCGACAAGUAGUUCCCGUCGAGGAUGCGGGAAGAGCAAACAGCAGCCAAGCAUCAGCAACUUCCUGCGUAAUGAGCAGAUCUUCGCCGAAGUUACAGCGCAGCACUGUAUGGCGGACAAUUUUAGUCCGGAUGACAUUGAAAUGGCGCUGGCGCUAUCCAAGUCCGAGGCUGAUAAGCUGGGACGCUUGCGUCUGAACAGCGAGGAUGAUGCCGUAGUUGACCUUAUGGCUGAUGAAGGGGAAUCCACGGAGAGAGUACGGCUCAAACUUCAAAAAUACGGCUUUCGCACAGCCGCCAAGGAAGAUUACAAAUCCCUGGCUGUCCUGCCAGUGGUAUCUGGAAAAGGAGGUAGACGUGGUAAAUGGGCCAAUAAAUUCACUGCCCUAACCUUACGCAAUCCGGAAGUGCAACAGAAGAAACUGGAGGAGAAAGUGUCCAAAUUAAUGGCCCAACAAGUGCGUACCAAGGACCUUUCGGAAGAGGAAUGCAUUAUGCGGCCUUAUGAAGUCAUUAGUUCUUACCUUGACGAACUUCGAGUUAAAAGUGAAUCUCAAAUCCUUCGGGAACCAAGUGAAGGGGCCAUCGAAGAUUUCAGCGAUUACUACGUUACCGAUUUAAUUGAAGUUAGUAAGACGCCUGCAAACCACCUUCUCAAGAAUUGGGCUGCCAUACAAGGAAGGGAUUUAUCACCAGAACGUGAAACCUCAAAAACCCGCCAACUAAAACAAAAACUCGAUCUCGCCUACGCCGAGUUGGAAAAUCAUUUUGGAGAUCAAAAGAAGUUGGAGCAGCAGGUGGUUGCUGAGCUGGAUGAGUUGGAAAAGCUUGUAGCGGAAAAUAUGAUCGAGUAUGACUCGAAAGUGGCUGAUGAUAUAGAAAAGGAAAUACCUUCGACUAGCAGCAGUCCGUCUAAGGAACCACCAGAUAAGCGACCAAAAAUGACUGCCGAUGAUAAAGAAAACCCGCAACCAAUUGCACCGCCAGCCAGUUUAAGCAUUCCCACCCAGAUAACUCGAUGCAUUUCACCCGACCUCUUUGCCGAUUCUGAAGACGAGCUGGAUACUGCAUCGACCCUUAUACCUAACGAAGCCAAGGAUGUUAAGAAUUUUUCCAUGAAGGUCUAUAAAAAUGUUAGCAUAUGUGAUCGAUCCUCCCCGGCGCGAGAAAUAGCAAUACAACUCAGCAGUGAUGAACAAACUCAAAUAACAACCUAUGAAGUGUUUUCAAGUUCCAGUGAUGAAGUAAAGACUGUUUCCAAAGCUACAGAGAAGAAUAUAAAUUUGGAGAAUAAACCUGUUGAGGAAUUUAUUGAUCUUACACAAGAGUUCGAUACGCCAGAUUUAAUUGAGCCAGACGAGAAAACUCCAAGCUUAUUAGCACCAUCUGAAUCUUAUUCUAAUGUUGAAAAGUUAUCUGUCGACCUGCUGCUUGAUUCCAGUUCACAAGAAGGAAGUUGUUCGAUCUCCAAAGAAUUGCACUUAAAGUAUGCAGAGCUUGCGAAAUCUCCCUUAUGGACAGCUGAAGGAAAUGAGGAAGGAGAAGACAUUGUCUUGAACAUUCCGAGUUCCGAGCAAUCCUCUUUUCAUCUAGACCUAAUAACCACUCCAAACACUUCCAAAAGGAGUUGCAGUUUUAAUGAAUUUAACUGUUCAAGGAGCUCGAUGCGAAGGAGUGUUAGUUUAUCAACCGAGAACAGCUUUAAAAGUCCGCUAAACUGGAAAAUGAACGUAUCUGUUGAAAAGAAAGUUUCUCCUGCACCAUCUUUUAAAGGAGAACCAUAUGAAAGUUUUGAUCUUACCCAAAAUAGUGAUGAUGAACACGAUGUGAUUCUGCUCUCUGAUGAGGAAAUAAAUUAUUCCAUUUGGAAGGCCAAUAAAACUGCCAAGGCUCAGGAUUUUGAGGACGACAGCUCAGACAGUUGUUUUGCUUCUCCGGUAUCCAAAAAGCGCGCUGUGCCCAAGUUCCAAACCGAAGAAGAUCUAGAUGCCUUCUUAAAUGCCUUUCCUACGGAUGGAAAUGUAUCAGAAAGUUCUCGUUCACCCAACAAGAGCGCUCUUAGCAAGGAGCGUGCUGAGUUUGGGAUAUUGGAUGCGGCUCCAUCGCAGCCUUUUAGUAUACCUGAGGUACAGAGCCCAGCUAGGAGAAACUCGGCCUCAUACAGCGAUAUUAACUGGGCAGAAGCUUCAUUUUUGGAUGUCCCAUUAAAGCCUAUGGCGCGCAGGAGUAGCCACAAAUUCAAUGACCUCUUGGCGAAAGUAAGUGAGCCUGGACACAUUUCUGAUGACGAGUUCGAUGAAUUUGAUCAGAUGGUCUUCAAUAAUGUCAAGGAUGCCACUAUUGCAACAGAAACAGAUGUCGUGCCAAGUGGUCUGGAUAUUUUGCUAAAGGGAGAUAUUAAAACACCAGCAGUAGCAGAGCCGAGUCCUUCCAAGAAGCAAUCUCCUGAUGUGCCCGGUCAGAUCGAGGUGGAUGGUAAUGUGUACACCGUACGUGUGUGCCACACACCCAAACCAGAUUUUACUACCCUCUCUGAGUCUGAAAUUCUGAAGCAACUUUACAACUACGGAAUUAAGCCACUGAAGCGUAAGCAGGCUGUAAAAAUGCUAGAGUUUAUUUACAAUCAAACUCAUCCCAUUAUGAAAACCCCUGUUGAACAGAAUUUACCCCCCAGGCGAGAGCCCAUUCCUCGAUCUAAAUCCACUCCCGUAAUUGGGGAGAAGGCCCGCUCCCAACUUAUCAAGCAAACCUCUGAAGUCUCCCUGACGCCAACUGAACCGCGAAAGGACUUUAAAUUUAAUGAUGCCUCAGGGGAUGAACUGCUACGUUUCUCACAGUCUCUUCCGCCAAGUCUCUGCGAUGAUUUUGAGACCUUUGUCAUGCAAACUAAUGUUUCGAAAAAGACCCCACAACCGCUGGUGCCGCUCCACAUCGCCUGGCACAAUCUUCUCUGCGCCAAUCCACAACUGCACGAGAGCGUUUUAAUGUACGAGCCCAUCGAUCUGCAGGAGGUAUAUUUGUAUUUAAAGCAUAUGGGUCACCGGUACGAUCCCAAGGAUUUAAAGACCUUUUUUGAUCGGCGUUGUAUUAUCUUUCGAUAUGAUCUGGUCGCUCCCGGUAAGCAAGCAGAGCGUCAUGUGCGAAAGCAUCCUAAGAAGCCAUCUAAAAGAAAGUAGAACUUUGGCUCCAUUUAUAAAAUUACACUGAAUUUAUUCCAUAUUCCGAAUGCUUUGUAUUUACUCAUAGUUUUACCUUAGAAUUUUUUAUAGCAUAAGACAUUUGUUGUUUUGCAUAUUGCGCUUUAAAAUUAUUUUCUGUAAAAUAAAGAAACUAUAUUUGUACGAAAGAAAAUAUU